UGGGCAACCUCAAAGGUUAUUGGCAACAACAACCGUGUUAUACAUCCACUCGUGGCCCUCGUGACAACGUAUCAACUUUUCUUCCAAGCGCUCCACGCUGGCGCUAAACCCCUAUUAAACCCUUUAAUUUUAAGGAAUUUACAAAUUGGAAAACAAAACAUAAAUUCUUGCAUAAACUUCCAAUCUUGAUGCUUUUAACUGGCAGCCUUUUCCCCAUUAAUUCCAACCUGAUUUGGGUCUCUUGAUUCCAUGUUUCUGAAGUUUUUUUCCACCAAAAGAAGCAAUCUUUUUACACGCAGCUUUCACGUUGGUAAGUCUUUCAAAGUCUCAAAUCCUGAAGAUAUUUUCUUUCAUUCAAUUUGUAUCAAUUUAAGGCAAAGAAAAUGGACCGUCUUGGACAAAUUGUUGUCGUCAAAUCUCACAAACUCAUUAGUGAAUCGAGUUGUUUCAGAAUUUCGAAUGUCGCCCGAUUUAGCUUUAGGGUUUUACAACAAGGUUGAGGAACAAAGGGAUUUUUCGCCUUCUUUAGAAUGUGUUUGUGUGUUGAUACAUGUUAUGAUUAGAUGUAAACGAUAUGAUGAUGGGUUAGAUUUGAUUGGCAAGUUGAUUCGAGAAAUGGGUUAUUCUCAUUUAGAGGUUUUGGACGGGUUAUGGGAUAGUUAUAAUGCGGAAAUUUCGUGUCCUAAUGUGUUUGAUGCCUUGGUUAGGGGAUGUACUCUUUUAGGUGAUGCUAAUUGUGCUUAUGAUGUGAUUGUAAAGUUGAGGAUGGAGAAGGGUUUUAUUGUUUCUGUUCAUGCUUGGAAUAACUUUUUCAGUUGUCUUAUAAAGUCAGAUGAGGUAAGCUGUUUUUGGAGAAAGUAUGGUGAAAUGAUUUCAUAUGGUCAUGCAGAAAAUGUUUAUACCUUUAAUCUGGUUAUACAUGCUCUUUGUAAAGAAAUGCUUGUGUCUGAAGCGAUUGGGGUGUUUUACCGAAUGUUAAAAGGUGGAAUAUAUCCAAAUGUGGUUACUUUUAAUAUGAUUAUUGAUGGGGCUUGUAAAAUGGGUGAUGUUGGUUUGGGGUUAAAGUUGUUUAGGAAGAUGGAACUGAUGUCAAGGGGGAUCGUUAUGCCUAAUUUAGUUACCUUUAACUGUCUUAUAAACGGGUAUUGUAAGUUAGGAGAUAUGGAAACGGUAGAAAGUCUAAGGGAUGAAAUGAUGGUAAUUGGUAUUGAACCAAAUGUGAUGACUUAUGCAACUUUGAUUGACGGGUAUUUAAGAAAAGGUUGUACAAAGGAAGCCUUUGGGUUAUGUUCUCAUAUGGUAGAUAAUGGUUUGAUUCCCAAUGUUGUUAUCUACAAUUCCAUGAUUCAUUGGCUUUACUUUGAAGGCGAUACAACUACAGCUUCAAUUUUAUUGUCAUAUAUGAUAAAAUCCAAUAUUUGCUUUGAUAAGUUUACAAACUCUGUGUUGAUUAAGGGGUUAUCUAGAAACGGGUACUUGAAUGAAGCUCUUGAUUACCAUAAAUGGCUUGUGGCGAAGAAUCUUGUUGAUAAAGAUCGUUUCUUGGAGAAUAUCCUUGUUUAUUAUCUCUUUAGAAGUGACAAUGAACCAAUGGUCAAACAGGUUCUCGAUGAUAUGUUUGGCCGUGGGCUUAGCGCAGAUACCGUCACCUAUGGUACUAUGAUUGAUGCAUUUAGUAAACAAGGGAGUAUAUCAUAUGCGGUUCGGGUUUAUGAUGAUAUGAUAAAGAUGGGAAAGAAACCGAACUUAAUUAUCUAUAAUUCCAUUGUAGAUGGGCUGUCUAAGAACCUUUCUGUAGAUAUAGCUAAGAUUAUGGUGGAUGAGUUGAAGAAGAUAGGUUUAGUUGAUGUUGUGACUUUAAACAGUUUAUUAAACGGUUAUUGCACGAAUUGGAAGGUUAAGGAAGCAUUGACUUUGUUUUUGCAAAUGCAAGAAGAUGGGAAAUUAGUAAAUAGAGUCACCUACAAUAUACUCAUGAACUUCGUUUGCAAAUUUGUAUCGAUCCAAGAAGCAAAGGAACUAAUGGAGAUGAUGGUGGCUCAAGGUGUGGCCCCUGAUUCUGUAACGUAUACGAUUCUUCUUAUGAAUGCUUGUAAGAAAAGUAGCCCAGAAGAAGUUAUUGAUAUUCAUGAUGAUAUGGUGAUCAAGGGAGUAAUUCCAAAUAGAAAAACAUACGAUGCUAUUGUUGGUCCAUUGCUUGGCUAAAAAAGUUUUCUUUGAUUGGCAUAGGUGCUUCAAUUGAAUCUACAUACAAACUAGAUGUACAAAAGUUUCGUUAGAAUUUUCCUCAGCGAAGAUCGACAUACAGACUGUUUAUGACCUUGGUGGGACAUAAGAAAGGCAUGCACGUUGGGUUGUUUUUCGUUGCUAUUUUCUUUCUUUUUCCAGGUUUGUUGCUUUUUUCAAGGUCAAAAACUUCUUAUGAUCAUUGUUCAUCACAUACCAGGUAACUUAAUUGAUGCAAAAGCCUGUACUUUGUCCAUUGUAAGCUGUACC